UGUGUGUAUUUCUCGCCGUCAAAUUGCGGUUGGUAUCAGUAACAGCAGUUGCUCACUUUUGUUAAAUUGUCUGUUUGUCUGCAAUUUUUAUAAAACUACAAAUAUGCCAGAAAACGGUCACCAAAAUGUCACUAUGGUAACGUGCACGGCGCCAGUUAACAUCGCUGUCAUCAAAUACUGGGGAAAGCGAGAUGAAGGUCUUAUUCUGCCUGUCAAUUCCUCACUGAGUGUGACUCUUCAUCAGGAGCAGCUCAAAACAACCACAACAGUGGCCUGCAGUAGCAGUUUCCAGGAGGAUCGGAUGUGGCUGAACGGUAAAGAAGAGGACAUGAAGCACCCCAGACUGCAGUUGUGUCUACGAGAAAUUCGGAGGUUAGUGCGCAAGAGACGUAAUACAGGUGAUCCAGCUUCUGAUGUCAUCAGUGUGUCCCACAAGCUACACAUCUGCUCCAUGAAUAACUUCCCCACGGCUGCAGGCCUCGCCUCCUCUGCAGCUGGAUACGCCUGUCUGGUGUACACACUGUCGAAGUUGUUCGGCGUAGAUGGCAAUCUGUCUGUGGUGGCACGGCAGGGAUCUGGCAGUGCAUGCAGGAGUCUUUAUGGCGGAUUCGUCCAGUGGAAGAUGGGUGAACGGUCGGAUGGUGAAGACAGUGUCGCCGAACAGGUGGAAUCUGAAUCGCAUUGGCCGCAGCUCAGAGUGCUCAUACUAGUGGUGAGUGCUGAGCAGAAGUCUGUCGGCAGCACGUCUGGAAUGCACACAAGUGUGGAGACGAGUCCACUUCUCAAGUACCGGGCAGAUGCUGUGGUGCCGUGCCGUAUGGAGGAGAUGAUCAUGGCUGUUCGACAGCGGGACUUUGCAGCAUUCGCUGAGCUCACCAUGAAAGACAGUAACCAGUUUCAUGCCACCUGUCUGGACACCUACCCACCUAUCUUCUACCUGAAUGACAUCUCGCACAGCAUAAUUAACCUUGUGCACUGCUACAACCAGCACUACAGAGAGACCCGAGUGGCUUACACCUUUGAUGCAGGUCCUAAUGCAGUUAUAUACACCUUACAAGAGCACCUGCCAGAGUUUGUUGAGCUGCUCCAUCAUUUCUUCCCCCCACAAACCAACAGAGGAGAGUUUGUGAAGGGUCUUCCUGUGUGUUCGGCCUCUCUCUCUGAAGAUUUGAAGCGAGAUAUUAAAAUGGAGCCCAAACCCAACGGCAUCCGCUAUAUCAUCAGCACUAAGGCUGGUCCUGGACCGUGUGUACUGGAGGAUCCAAACCUUCAUCUUUUGGCUGCUGAUGGGAUGCCCAAGAACACAGCCUGAAAAAAAACAGCAGUUACACACCAACCAAAACCAUACAGAAGGAACAAAACAAAAGACAAAGUUAUUUUCUGUUAUUAAAAUAACCAUUUUUAAUGGUCCAAUGAGUGUUUCUCUGUCGUUUUACCCACUGAAGAAAUGCGCGCUGUCUAUAUUCUUGUCUUCAUUCCAGAAUCUUUUUCUAAAUGUGGUUUAUUUGUUCUAUAACUUUAUUUUAAAAUGUAUUGUCGAAAGAAAGAAACCAGUUCCUACACAAUGAAGACAUUGCAAAGGAUGUAAAAGAAACUAACAAACAUGCUACACUAGUGUUGAACUAAGGAAUAUUCUGGGUUCACUACAAGUUAAGCUCAAUCGACAGCAUUUGUGGCAUAAUGUUGAUUACCACAAAAUUAAUUUCUACUUGUCUCUCCUUUUCUUGAAAAAAAACUAAAAAGCAGAAUUCUGUGAGACACUUAGAUUGGAAAUGAAUGGGGUCAAUCCGUAAACGUUAAAAUACUCACUGUUUCAAAAUUAUGGGCACAAGAUGUAAACAAUGUGUUAACAUGAUUUUAGUGUGAUAAAAUCACUUACUAUUCGUUACCAUGACGAUAUAAUGUCAACUGUAAAAAUUAUGAUUUAAACAUUACAGCUCAAAUAAUACAUGAUUUUUAACAGAAGAAUUAUUGUAAGUGCUUUUAUAAAAUUAUAACCUUCACAUUUCUGCCUUUUUAAACCCUCCAAAAAUUGGCCCUAAUGACUUCCAUUGUAAGUGUCUCAUUGGAACACAGAUUUGUUCUUUUUUUUUUUUUUUUUUAAAGAAAAGGAUGGUAAUCAACAUAACAGCACAAAUGCUGUAAAUUGAAGAUAUUACACAGUGUUAUCAAGAACAUCCAGCAUGUUUAUUUAUGGUGUAUAUAUAUACACACACAGGUGCUGGUCAUAUAAUUAGAAUAUCAUCAAAAAGUUGAUUUAUUUCAGUAAUUCCAUUCAAAAGUGAAACUUGGAUAUUAUAUUCAUUCAUUCCACACAGACUGAUAUAUUUCAAACGUUUAUUUCAUUUAAUUGUGAUGAUUAAAACUGACAACUAAUGAAAAUCCCAAAUUCAUUAUCUCCGAAAAUUAGAAUAUUACUUAAGACAAUACAAAAAAAGGAUUUUUAGAAAUGUUGGCCAACUGAAAAGUAGGAACAUGAAAAGUAUGAGCAUGUACAGCACUCAAUACUUAGUUGGGGCUCCUUUUGCCUGAAUUACUGCAGCAAUGCGGCGUGGCAUGGAGUCGAUCAGUCUGUGGCACUGCUCGGGUGUUAUGAGAGCCCAGGUUGCUCUGAUAGUGGCCUUCAGCUCUUCUGCAUUGUUGGGUCUGGCGUAUCGCAUCUUCCUCUUCACAAUACCCCAUAGAUUUUCUAUAGGGUUAAGGUCAGGCGAGUUUGCUGGCCAAUUAAGAACAGGGAUACCAUGGUCCUUAAACCAGGUACUGGUAGCUUUGGCACUGUGCGCAGGUGCCAAGUCCUUUUGGAAAAUUAAAUCUGCAUCUCCAUAAAGUUGGUCAGCAGCAGGAAGCAUGAAGUGCUCUAAAAUUUCCUGGUAGACGGCUGCGUUAACCUUGGACCUCAGAAAACACAGUGGACCAACACCAGCAGAUGACAUGGCACCCCAAACCAUCACUGACUGUGGAAACUUUACACUGGACUUCAAGCAACGUGGAUUCUGUGCCUCUCCUCUCUUCCUCCAGACUCUGGGACCUUGAUUUCCAAAGGAAAUGCAAAAUUUACUUUCAUCAGAGAACAUAACUUUGGACCACUCCAGUCCUUUUUGUGUUCUGACGCUGUGUCUUGUUCAAGAGUGGCUUGACACAAGGAAUGUGACAGCUGAAACCCAUGUCUUGCAUACGUCUGUGCGUGGUGGUUCUUGAAGCACUGACUCCAGCUGCAGUCCACUCUUUGUGAAUCUCCCCCACAUUUUUGAAUGGGUUUUGUUUCACAAUCCUCUUCAGGAUGCAGUUAUCCCUAUUGCUUGUACACUUUUUUCUACUACAUCUUUUCCUUCCCUUCGCCUCUCUAUUAAUGUGCUUGGACACAGAGCUCUGUGAACAGCCAGCCUCUUUAGCAAUGACCUUUUGUGUCUUGCCCUCCUUGUGCAAGGUGUCAGUGGUCAUCUUUUGGACAGCUGUCAAGUCAGCAGUCUUCCCCAUGAUUGUGUAGCCUACAGAACUAGACUGAGAGACCAUUUAAAGGCCUUUGCAGGUGUUUUGAGUUAAUUAGCUGAUUAGAGUGUGGCACCCGGUGUCUUCAAUAUUGAACCUUUUCACAAUAUUCUAAUUUUUUGAGAUACUGAUUUUGGGGGUUUUCAUUAGUUGUCAGUUAUAAUCAUCAAAAUUAAAGGAAUGAA